CUGUCAUCACAUACAAUCCUAAUGGCGACGACGACAACGAGAACCUGCCUGGCUCAAUGGAGCCGAGGUGCGUCUGCGUCAUCUUUCAGGCCGCUAUGCGUGCGAGUGUCAAUGCCAUUCGAGCAGCGUCGAUUCAAAGGUGCUACUGGUGCGAACUCAGCUAAUGCGGCCAAAUACAAGAGACGAGAUGGGUCAGAGCCCAAGAAGCGGAAGCAGCGUAAAACCUACAUCGUGCACGACCUGAAGGAUAUGCCGCAGUUUGCAUUGUGCGAUGCUAUGCGAUACAUCCGAGCCUUCGAGGUCGGUUCAGCGCGCAACCCCAAGUACGAAGUUCACAUCAACCUGCGUUCCCUGAAGAAUGGACCCGUGGUCCGCAACAGAAUCCGACUCCCACACAGCGUUGGAGAGGAGUUACGCAUUGCCGCCAUCUGCCCUCCUGGCUCCAAACACGCCGAUGCAGCGCGAAAGGCAGGCGCCUCUCUUAUAGGGGAGGAGGAUAUCAUCGAUGCGAUCAAGGAAGGCAAGAUCGAAUUUGAUAGACUGGUCUGCCAUGAGGACUCCUUCCCCAAGCUCACCAAAGCUGGAGUAGGACGCAUACUAGGACCCCGAGGGCUGAUGCCCAGUGCAAAGACAGACACCGUCGUCAAGGAUGUUGGGGCCGCUGUUCGUGAUCUGGUCGGUGGCAGUGAAUACCGCGAGAGACUGGGUGUUGUGCGCCUAGCUAUCGGGAAGCUCAGUUUCACACCAGAAAUGCUUCAGAAGAACAUUCGCGCAUUCAUGGAGCAAUUGAAGAAGGACAUAAAUGCACUAAGCGACCGAAUUCACAAGGAUGUUCACGAAGUUGUAUUGAGCAGCACUUCCAGCCCUGGAUUCAGUCUCAACGGCGAGUUCGCUAGCAAAACUGGUAUUGGGCCAAAGGAGCUAGCCAAAGCAGUCAAGGCAUAAUUUAAGCUGUUUUUUUGCGUGUAUCAUAUGUAAAAAUGAGCAGGAAAAUAGGAUGAAACAUUGUACAUGACUUUGGCGACUCAUGGCCCUCUAUUAUCCGAUGUGUUUAUCCUGGCGGGGCUAUAGAAACUCAUAAAACAUGUUCUUCCGAGGAUGCCUCUCAACCUAACUCUCUUCUUCUUGUCAUCAAUCUCUUGCUCUUUUUAUUCUCUUUGUCUCUUUACAUGCAUUCUAAUUCCAAAAAAAUCUCUACGCUGGUAGACGUGACGGGGAAUAAUCUGACAGAACUGUCGCUUAAUAUACAAGGAUUUAAGAAUUACCUCAUCUAGAUCUACUAAGACGAAGGCCUUUUUGGGCAAUCGCAUCAUGUUUGUCGAGGAUUAUCUAUGCAGUGGCAAAG